ACCAAACGUGAUCGUAAUUGAAUAAGGAGGAAUGUGGGGCAAUCUGUAUUAUUAGCUAUCACAUUCUGCGAUUCCGUUACCGUCACGUUUUUACUGUUAUGCAGCAUGUAGACAGGGACAGUGUAGGAAGGUAACUUCUUCACGCAUUUAUAUUAUGUGGAGCAUAUAAUUUGCACGAAAAUAUUUGAUUCCGUGCCAAACUGUUCCCAUUACCAAAUAAUGUGCGAGUGCAGCUUGGUAAUAUGGCGUAAUGUUUUUCUUUGUGAUCAUUUUUAUGCAAUUUUAUAACGUGCACGUGCUUUCGUGGAGAAUUACGAGUUGGAUUUCGGGCGGAAGAAAUGGUGAGGAAUUUGGUGAAACAGUUACAGGACGGCUAUUUGUUACCAUGAUGGGUUAUCCACCAAGAUGCGAGAAGAAAGGGGUGUUACAUGCUUGCACGUUGUCGGUUGCGUGCUGGUGGGUGGGUGGAUCCAGCCAAGCCGGUUGCGGUGCAAGUCCAUGGUUGGUGGCAUGCUGCGUGAAGUAUACCACUAGACAUGAUGAAAAGGAAAUAUACAACUCGAUCCAGGACGAGGAGGUGCAGUCCAACCACCUACCCGUGAUUCAAAGAAGAAACGAGGAUGACGAUGAGUGCGGAUUGUCUUCUGACAGGAUGCUUUCUAAACGAAUUAUUGGAGGUGACGAGGCGAAGUUUGCUCAAUUUCCCUGGCAAGCGCACCUGAAGAUUUCCACCUAUCAGUGUGGAGGUGCCUUAGUUUCACAACGAUUCGUGGCAACAGCUGCACAUUGUGUCGCAAGAGCAUCACCAAAGGACAUCAUCGUAUACUUAGGCGAGCUCGACACGCAGAAUACAGGAAGGGUUUUUGAAGAAGCACCUUCUGAACGACACGAGGUAAAGAAGAAAAUUCUUCACCCUUUCUUCAAAUUUCGCUCGACACAGCCGGAUCGAUAUGAUUUAGCGUUACUCGAGCUGAAGAGAAAUGCAGGAUACAACUUUCAUAUCAUGCCAAUAUGCCUACCUGAGCCGGAUGUUGAUUUGAGAGGAAAGACUGCCAUAGUGGCCGGUUGGGGCAAAACUAAACCAUCAACCGAUCCAACUGGCACAAAUAUUUUGCAAAGCGCCCAGGUUCCCAUUUUAGAUAUAAAAGAGUGCAUGUCGUGGCACAAAAUUAAAGAAAUUACUGUUGAACUUUACGAUGAUAUGCUAUGCGCCGGCCACAAAGAUGGCAGAAGAGAUGCGUGCCUGGGUGACUCUGGAGGACCUUUAAUUGUACUAACUUAUGGACGAUGGACGUUGGUCGGGAUAAUUAGCGCAGGUUUUGGCUGUGGAGAACCUCACCAACCCGGAAUUUACCAUUCUGUUCCUGUUACUGCUAAUUGGAUAGUGUCGGUUAUAAACUCCUGAUUUUGUGAUAUUUUACGCGAUUUGACCACCGCAUUCUUAGUUAAAAAAAGUAAUGAAUUGAUAAUACCUGCUUUUAUAUUUCUCUUUGCUGCCUAUGAUUUUUUAGGCCCAAAUAAAAUUGUAGCAAUGA